AUGCUAAACACACACUCCUGAUGCCCCCGAGUCACAGAAUGAAUGAAACAGAAGCACAACGAGCGCGGAGUGCAGCGCCAACAGUUUGGGUUUGAACAUUUCAGCAUUUUCUCUGAAACAAAGCAGAGAAGGGCCUUGAUGGCGGCGGGGCCCGCUGCUCCUGGAGCCUGGAUUAUUCACAGGAAGCCUGGAGAACGCCACAGGACGUCCUGACUGCACCGACCCCAGGUCAGCCUGUAUCUGACGGAGUCAUCAUCACAUCUCAUCACUUAACGUUCAUCAACAGUUGGUUUAUUUUUCUCCUAAAAUCAUUUUAUUAAUAUAAUACAUUCAAAAAUAAAAGAUCAAAAUGAGUAAUUUUUGGUACACAGGAAGAAAAUAUUCCCUCCAGGUGGGACAUUUCAAUAAAUGCCACACCUGCGCCCCCUGCUGGCAGAGAUUUGUGCCUGCAGUGUCCUGCUGACCAUAUAUGGACGAACCCUCACAUUUACCUCCAAUGACGUCCUUAUUUAUUAAAAUACUGUAAAGAAUUAAUAUACUUGAGUAUUUUCAUUAAAACAGUGAAACUUGUAUGUUAUGACAAUUAUUACACACAGUGAAGUUUUUUGAUGCGUUGUGUCUAUAACAUACCAAACAUUGAUAUUUUUGCGCUAAUGCAUAAUUGUAAGUUUAUUGCAGUUUUCCACAAAAAAUGUCAAAACUGUUAAGAGAUGCUAACUCUCACCUGCAGGUGGCGGUAUUUCUUUUAGGUAGAUAAGCCUGACAUGACGUCAUGUUAUAACAACUGACUGACUGUAGUACUAGGAGAAGAAAAGGAAAGCAUGUUAACAUUGUAGCGCAGCUAGCUUCUGCUGGAAGUGAGAAGCGAGCGGGGACGAUGCUGCGGACAGGAAUCCGUCUUCUGGCGCUGGCGCUGUGCGUUUCAGCUGGUGGAGACUUUGACUGGACCAAGAAUGAGAAAACCUCUUUCUACUACGGCACCUUCCCAACUGGUUUCUCCUGGGGAGUCGGCAGCUCAGCCUAUCAGACCGAAGGAGCGUGGAAUACAGACGGGAAAGGAAUGAGCAUCUGGGAUGUUUUUGCUCAUAAAAAAGGAAAAAUCUCCUCAAAUGAAACGGGAGACUCUUCAUGUGAAGGCUACUACAAGUUCAAGGAUGAUAUUAACCUGAUGAAGGAGAUGAAGCUGAGUCAUUAUCGCUUCUCUGUUUCCUGGCCGAGGAUUUUACCCAGCGGGUUGAGAAGUGAGCACGUUAACGAGAAAGGAAUCAGGUAUUACAGCGACCUGAUCGAUUUGCUCCUGGACAGUAAGAUCACACCUGUGGUCACUCUGUACCACUGGGAUCUACCUCAGGUGCUGCAGGAGAAAUAUGGCGGCUGGCAGAACGCCAGCAUGGUCGGCUACUUCAACGAAUUCGCCAACUUGUGUUUUGAACGUUUUGGGAACAGAGUGAAGCUCUGGAUCACCUUCAACAACCCCUGGUCCAUUUCUGUGGAAGGAUACGAAACGGGGGAGCACGCCCCCGGACUGAGGACGAGGGGCAGCGGAGCUUACAAAGCGGCUCACCACAUCAUCAAGGCCCACGCUAAAGUCUGGCACACCUACGACAUGAAGUGGAGGAGCAAGCAGAAAGGUCUGAUCGGGAUCUCCCUGACCGCUGACUGGGGCGAACCGGUGGACGUGUCCAACCAGCGGGACGUCGAAGCAGCAGAGCGCUACAUCCACUUCUACCUGGGCUGGUUCGCCACGCCGCUCUUCCAUGGAGACUACCCAGCGGUCAUGAAGGAAUACAUCGGCAGGAAGAGCGGCCAGCAGGGCCUGGGCGCGUCGCGGCUGCCCGUCUUCUCGCCUCAGGAGAAGAGCUACGUCCGAGGAACCGUCGACUUCCUGGGCCUCGGACAUUACACCACCCGCUACGUCACCCAGAAGAACUACCCAUCCGGCUUCGGGGACAGUUACUUUGCAGAUCGGGACCUGGCGGAGCUGGUGGACCCAAAGUGGCCCGAUCCUGGUUCUGAGUGGCUCUACUCAGUUCCCUGGGGGUUCCGGAGAUUGUUGAACUUUGUGAAGACCCAGUACGGAAACCCGAUGAUCUACGUGACGGAGAACGGCGUCUCGGAGAAGAUGCUGUGCACCGACCUGUGUGAUGACUGGAGGAUGCAGUACUUCAGGGAAUACAUCAACGAGCUGCUGAAAGCCGUUAGAGACGGCGUCAACGUGAAGGGUUACACCGCCUGGUCUCUGCUGGACGGCUUCGAGUGGGACGAAGGCUUCUCGGAGCGCUUCGGACUCUACUUCGUGGACUUCAGGAACAAGAACAAACCUCGUUUCCCAAAAGCUUCGGUCCAGUUCUACAAACGCAUCAUCAGCUCCAACGGCUUCCCCAGCCAGAGAGAGGUGGAGAGCUGGAAGAGGAAGGCUGUGGAGACGUGUUCCUCCAGCAACCAGCUGCUGGCUGCAGAUCCACUGAUUGGCCACAUGGAGAUGGUCACAGAGAUCGUUGUUCCCACCGUCUGCACGCUCUGCAUCCUCCUCAGCGCCGUCUUCUUCAUGUUUCUGCUGCGCCGACGCCUCUGAGGAACGCCCAGGUCGCCUCGUCUGUUUCCAUGGAAGCAGAGCUCAGCAGGAACCAAUCAGAGCGGCAUCUUCCUGUUGACCGCCCUGCCUUUCUGUUCCAGUCGGGUCGUCAAUAAACAGUCAGAACAAGCAGAAUAUGAUUAUUAAUCAAUACAUGAUUAGUAAACCUGGUUUACUGUUGAACUAAAAUUGGACUGAACUGUUCAAACUGUUUCUGACUGGAACAAACAACCAGGCUGAACUUUAUAUUAUGAGUUUCAUCAUAUUUAAGCUUUUAUUACCAGCUGUAUUUCUAAAUUUGAUAUAACAAUAAAGUGGUUUAAAUGUGCAUAA